CCCCACCACCACCCCUCCCAUUCCGUUCAACUUUAUUUUUAGCUGCCAGUGGGAGGGGGCAGGCUAGGAGGGAAAGUAAAGAAAACAGCCAAGGCGAGGGACAGAGAGGCACAGAGGACUUCUUGGACAAGACAGCACAAGCAGGCAUGGGACGCCUCUCCUUCCCUCACCUGCUCCUGCCCCUGGCGCUGCUGGCAGGUCUCUGCUCCCCGUUUAACCUGGAUGAGCAUCACCCACGCCUGUUCACAGGGCCACCAGAGGCUGAAUUUGGAUACAGCGUCUUACAGCAUGUUGGGGGUGGACAGCGAUGGAUGCUGGUGGGCGCCCCUUGGGAUGGGCCUUCAGGUGACCGGCGGGGAGAUGUUUAUCGCUGCUCUAUAGGGGGAUCCCACAGUGCCCCAUGUGCCAAGGGUCACCUGGGUGACUAUCCACUGGGAAAUUCAUCUCAGCCUGCUGUAAAUAUGCACCUGGGCAUGUCCCUGCUGGAGACAGAUGGUGAUGGGGGAUUCAUGGCCUGUGCCCCUCUCUGGUCACGUGCUUGCGGCAGCUCUAUCUUCAGUUCCGGGAUGUGUGCCCGUGUGGAUGCUUCGUUCCAGCCCCAGGGAAGCCUGGCACCCACUGCCCAACGCUGUCCUACAUACAUGGAUGUCGUCAUUGUUUUGGAUGGCUCCAAUAGUAUCUAUCCCUGGUCCGAGGUCCAGACAUUCCUUCGGAGGCUGGUAGGGAGGCUGUUUAUUGAUCCGGAGCAGAUACAGGUAGGACUGGUACAGUAUGGGGAGAGCCCUGUGCACGAGUGGUCCCUGGGAGAUUUCCGAACCAAGGAGGAAGUUGUGAGAGCAGCGAGAAACCUCAGUCGGCGGGAGGGGCGAGAAACGAGAACUGCCCACGCAAUAAUGGUGGCAUGCACAGAAGGGUUCAGUCAGUCCCGGGGGGGCAGACCUGAGGCUGCAAGGCUGCUGGUGGUUGUCACUGAUGGAGAAUCCCACGAUGGAGAGGAGCUUCCAGCAGCACUAAAGGCCUGUGAGGCUGGGAAAGUAACACGUUACGGGAUUGCGGUCCUUGGUCACUAUCUCCGGCGACAGAGAGACCCCAGCUCUUUUCUUCGGGAAAUCAGAGACAUCGCUAGUGAUCCAGAUGAGCGAUUCUUCUUCAACGUCACAGAUGAGGCCGCACUGACAGACAUUGUGGAUGCACUGGGGGACCGAAUUUUUGGUCUUGAAGGGUCCCGUGGAGAAAAUGAAAGCUCCUUUGGACUAGAAAUGUCUGAGAUUGGCUUCUCCACGCACCGGUUGCAGGAUGGGAUUCUCUUUGGGAUGGUGGGGGCCUAUGACUGGGGGGGCUCAGUACUAUGGCUUGAAGAAGGUCGCCGCCUUUUCCCCCCUCGAACGGCCCUGGAAGAUGAGUUUCCCCCUGCAUUGCAGAACCACGCAGCCUACUUGGGUUACUCUGUUUCCUCCAUGCUUCUGCCGGGGAGACGUCGCCUCUUUCUCUCGGGGGCACCGAGGUUUAGGCAUCGAGGAAAAGUCAUCGCCUUCCAGAUAAAGAAAGAUGGGGCUCUGAGGGUUUCCCAGAGCCUCCAGGGGGAUCAGAUUGGCUCAUACUUUGGCAGUGAGCUCUGCCCGUUGGAUACAGACAGAGAUGGGAUAACUGAUGUCUUACUUGUGGCGGCCCCCAUGUUCCUGGGUCCCCAGAACAAAGAGACAGGACGUGUUUAUGUGUAUGUGGUAGGCCAGCAAAUUUUGCUGAUGCUCCAAGGAACUCUUCAGCCAGAACGCUCCCAGGACUCUCGAUUUGGCUUUGCCAUGGCUGCUCUUCCUGAUCUGAACCAAGAUGGUUUCGCUGACGUGGCUGUGGGAGCACCCCUGGAGGAUGGGCACCAGGGAGCACUAUACCUGUAUCAUGGAACUCAGAAUGGAAUCAGGCCCCAUCCCACCCAGCGGAUCGCUGCUGUGUCCAUGCCACAGACCCUCCGCUACUUUGGCCGAAGCGUGGAUGGCCGGUUAGAUCUGGACGGAGAUGAUCUUGUAGAUGUUGCUGUGGGUGCCCAUGGAGCAGCCAUCCUGCUCAGCUCCCAGCCCAUCAUCCACAUGCUUCCAACCCUGGAUGUGGCACCACCGCACAUCAGCGUGGUUCAGAAGGACUGUAGGCGAAGAGGCCAGGAGGCCGCCUGCCUGACGGCAACCCUGUGCUUCCAAGUGACCUCUCACACUCCCGGGCGCUGGGAUCGCAGGUUCUAUAUACGGUUCUCAGCAUCUCUGGACGAGUGGACAGCUGGGGCUCGUGCGGCGUUUGAUGGCUCUGGCCAGCGGCUGUCCCCUCGGCAGCUCCAGCUCAGCGUAGGGAAUGUCACUUGUGAACGGCUGAACUUCCACGUGCUGGAUACAUCGGAUUACCUCCGGCCAGUGGCCCUGACUGUGACCUUUGCCUUGGACAACACCACAAAGCCAGGGCCUGUGCUGGAUGAGGGAUCGUCCACUUCUGUACGAAAGCUGGUCCCCUUCUCAAAAGACUGUGGCCCUGAUGAUGAAUGUAUCACAGACCUGGUGCUUCAAGCUGACAUGGACAUCAGGGGCUCCAGGAAGUCCCCAUUUGUGGUUCACGGUGGCAGACAGAAACUGCUGGUGACAGCAACCCUGGAGAACAAGAAGGAAAAUGCCUACAACACUAGCCUGAGUCUCAGGUUCUCUAGAAACCUCCACCUGGCCAGUCUUACUCCUCAGAGGGCCAAGUCAGUGAAGGUGGAAUGUGCAGUGCCUUCCUCACAUGCCCGGGAAUGCAUCGUGGGCCACCCAGUCUUCCAGGCUGGGGCCAAGGUGACCUUUCUGUUAGAGUUUGAAUUUAGCUGCACCUUCCUCCUGGGCCAGGUCUCGGUGAGGCUGACUGCCAGCAGCAGCAGCCUGGAGAGAAAUGAAACCCUUCAAGACAAUACAGUUCAGACCUCCGCGUUCAUCCGAUACGAGCCUCACCUCAUGUUCUCUAGCGAGUCCACUCUGCAUCGAUACGAGGUUCACCCUUACAGGACUCUCCCAGUGGGUCCUGGCCCUGAAUUCAAAACCACUCUUCGGGUUCAGAACCUUGGCUGUCACAUGGUCAGUGGCCUCAUCAUCUCAGCCCUCCUUCCGGCUGCAGCCCACGGGGGCAAUUACUUCCUGUCACUCUCUCAAGUCAUCGCCAGCAAUGCAAGCUGCACAGUGCAGAACCUGACCGAGCCCCCAGGAUCCGCUGUGCACCCAGAGGAGCUACAGCACACAGACCGACUGAACGGGAGCAACACUCGGUGUCAGGUUGUGAGGUGUCACCUUGGACAGCUGGCAAAGGGGACUGAGAUCUCUGUUGGACUGCUGAGGCUGGUUCACAAUGAAUUCUUCCGGAGGGCCAAGUUCAAGUCACUGACAGUGGUCAGCACCUUCAAGUUAGGAACCGAGAACGGCAGUGUCCUACAACUGGCAGAAGCCUCCUCCCGGAGUGAGAGCCUGCUGGAGGUGAUUCGGAGACGCACUGCCCUCAUCUCCCUGUGGGUCCUCGUGGGCAGUGUCCUGGGAGGGCUGCUCCUGCUUGCUCUCCUGGUCGUCUGCCUGUGGAAGCUUGGCUUCUUUUCACGUAAGAAAAUCCCCAAGGAAGAACAGGCUGAUGAGAAGCUGGAGCAGCGCAAGUAGGAGGAGGCUCAGAAAGCCCUCUUUGGCAGCCUUUUCAAAGAGUCUCCUGUCCAAAAACAAGGCUGGGGGCCAAGGGGGAAAAGAUGCUUCUGGAAUAUGGCUCCAGAGCUGCAGCCUGACUUGACUUUUGAGCCAGGGGCACACAGCUGGCAAGAGGUGAGGCUUUGCCUCAGACACGAAGGGCUGGCACAAAAACGUAACGGUCCCACCCCGUACUUUCCUCCUCGCUCUGACGGGUUCCACAGCCAACAUUGGGUCUUUGUUUGGAGCCCUAUCCCCCAUUACCAGGGGCCAAAAGAUUUUUCUCCUGACUCCUUUCAGAUUCCCUUUGUCCUCCCUCACGAUUCCAAAAAGAAGGUUCGCCUCCCCACUCCCUCCCCCACGUACGCACACACGCUCACCUUCCUGCCUGCUCCCCACUCUGCAGGAGAGAGCUGACGUUGACUUAAAAGAAGUAAAGUCAACAUCUGCUGCUUUCCUGUGGAGUCCAGUGAUUCAUAGAGCCGGAUGGGGAGAGUCAACAGGAAAAGAGGGAGGAGAAAAAGCCACAAGAGACAUUCUGUGCAAUUCCAAGGCACAGAGAAACGUUCAGACAGGCAACUGCCAGCCGCUCUGAAACCUGAGACUUCACAGGACGCCAGCCCUCAGGUGCUGGGGAAACCCAGCUGGCCCCGGGCUUUCUGGGCUCGGGCGUCCCAACCCUCGUCGUCCUUUGGUGCUGAAUUUUCUGGAGCCAGGAGCCUCCUGGUGGUUCAAGCUGGAAUAGCAGGGAAGCGCAUUUGGCAGUUUUCUCCACUUAGUCUUUGAGGCUUCCUUAAAGAAAGCUACUGGAUGGAGGAAAGCCCUUCCACCACAGCAGCUUUGGGGAACAGCAGCCACGCCCCGAGAUCCGAACAAGGGAAAUCUGCAUCAGGAGGCCUGAGUGGUUGGCUUGUGGUCUCUGGGGAGUAAGCUCCUACGUGUGCAGCGUCGCCUGGCUCUGCAGCAGUAAUCUUCCCGGAAGAUGUUUCUGGGACCCCACUUGUGUGUUGUGGGUUUCUCUGCUGGAGUGAGUUUUUCAACCCUUACUUGAUGUUUACUGGAAAUUUCAAGUUAACUCUGAAUUCCCUCCCUCUUGUCCUAUGUUUUGGUUCAUGGGCGACUCACAGUAACUGGCUGGGAAACUUUCUAUUAUUGUAAUUAAGACUUUGAUUUGAGAAGAGAGAAGAUCUGAUUGGGCAGCUGCCACAGAACCUGUCUUCCCAGGCUGUUCCAGCGGCCUGUCUGCAGUUUAUUUUGGAGUCUUCCGCAGAGCCUCUCUCCUGGGUGCUGUCGUUUCUAUCACGGUGAUCGGAUGGUCAGAACAAAUAAAAUCCAGUAUCAAAUACUUCUGGGGGCUGGAGAGGUGGCUCUGUGGUUAAGAACACUGGCUGCUCUUCCAGAGGACCCAGCAACCACAUGGUGGCUCACAACCAUCUGUAAUAAGAUCUGGUGCCCUCUUCUGGCUUACAGGGAUACAUGCAGACAGAACAUGGUAUACAUAAUAAAAUAAAUCUUUAAAAAAAAAAAAAGAAUAUUCUUCGAAUGACUUCAGGCUCUGUUUGAGUUUCCUAGGUUUUAGACUGCUCAGAAACGAAAGUAUUGCAAAUGUUUUCUGUGACUCUUCCACAGGCGAUCCCAUCUACUGUCCUGCAAUUCUUACCUACUUAUAGGACCGUAUAAAGUAUUCUGGGAACACUGAACCCAGAUCUCUCUCUUUCUCCCUCUCUCCUUCCCCCGCCCCCCAGGGUUUUUCUGUGUAACAGCUCUGGCUGUCCUGGAACUCACUCUGUAGACCAGGCUGGCCUUGAACUCAGAGAUCCGCCUGCCUCCCAGUGCUGGGAUUGAAGGCCAGUCAGUGCCACCAUGCUCAGGUCUUUCAUUUGUGCUGUAUCUUCUUGAACAAGUCUGAAUUUCUCAUAGAUUUUGUGGUACAGGAUUAGGAAUAAAGGCAGAUUUGGGUGUAUAGGUCACCCUGUUUCAAAUGCAUAUGACCCGGGACAGAUUUAACUUGUGUUAGCUUUCUCAUGUUUAAACUAGAGGUUCCAAGAACUAAAUGGGACAUUCCAGGAAAAGUGAACAUGUAGUAAAAGCUUAAUAAAUCAUAGUCAUAAUUACAAAAA